AUGAAGGCGUCGGCUAGAAGAAACAAAAAGACUCCUGGUGGUUGUGAUCCCAAGGCCGGAGUUUUCCAUCGAGAAAUGAAUGAACAUAUCGCUCAAGCCUUUGAAAACGUUGAUCUGAACCUGAAGAACGGGGGCGGCGACGGCUGGGAGCAGGUGCGCGCUGGGCGGACUUGUACCACGGUCAAUCAACAAUGA